UGGUAAUCAGUGCAAUCUCCAUUUUACUAUAACUCAGGGAUUCCCUUUGCUUAAAAAACCAUGGAGGCUCAAUCUGCUGUUACAGACAAGAAAAAAAUGUUAGCAAACUAUGUGCCAAUCUAUGUAAUGCUCCCGUUGGGAAUCGUUUCAAAUGACAAUGUUCUUUUAGGCAAGGAAGGCCUGAAAAAGCAGCUCUUGAGGCUGAAAGAGGCAGGUAUUGAUGGGGUGAUGUCAGAUGUUUGGUGGGGAAUUGUAGAAUCCCAGGGUCCCCAGCAGUAUGAUUGGAGUGCUUACAGGAGCUUGGUCGAACUAGUUAAAGAAUGUGGAUUGAAACUGCAAGCGAUAAUGUCAUUCCAUCAAUGUGGUGGCAAUGUGGGAGAUGAAGUCUAUAUCCCGAUUCCGCAGUGGGUUCUUGACAUUGGAGAAACAGACCCUGAUAUCUUCUACACCAACAGGGCUGGUAACCGAAACAAGGAGUACCUCACCCUUGGAGUGGAUCACCAGGCUAUUUUCAAUGGAAGAACUGCUAUCCAGAUUUAUAGCGACUACAUGAAGAGCUUCAGGGAGGCAAUGCAAGAUCUUAUUGAAGCUGGAGUGAUUAUAGAUAUUGAAGUAGGGCUUGGUGCUGCAGGGGAGCUUAGAUACCCCUCUUAUCCACAAAGCCAAGGAUGGGUUUUCCCAGGCAUCGGAGAAUUUCAGUGCUACGACAAGUACCUCAAAGCAGCUUUCAAAGAGGCAGCCACAAAAGCAGGCCAUCCUGAAUGGGAAUUGCCAGAUAAUGCAGGGGAAUACAAUGACACACCUGAAUCAACAGAGUUUUUUGGACCAAAUGGGACAUACCUUUCUGUGAAAGGGAAGUUUUUCUUGACAUGGUAUUCCAACAUGUUACUAAUUCAUGGGGAUGAUAUCCUUGAUGAAGCUAACAAAGCUUUCUUAGGCUGUAAGCUGAAGUUAGCAGCAAAAGUUUCUGGAAUUCACUGGUGGUACAAAUCUGAUAACCAUGCCGCAGAGCUGACUGCUGGAUAUUACAAUCUGACUGAUAGAGAUGGGUAUCGGCCCAUUGCGAGGAUGCUUUCAAGGCACGAUCGUGCUAUUCUGAAUUUCACAUGUCUCGAGAUGAGGGACUCAGAGCAAGAUGCAGAUGCCAAAAGUGCACCUCAGGAACUUGUUCAACAGGUUUUGAGUGGAGGAUGGAGAGAGGACAUUGAAGUUGCAGGUGAGAAUGCCUUAUCAAGGUACGACAGCGAUGCUUACAAUCAAAUGCUGCUAAAUGCCAGACCCAAUGGUGUGACUGAAGAGGGACGGCCAAAGAUGCAUACGGUGACAUAUCUCCGUUCAUCCGAUGAUUUGUUUGAAGAAGAGAAUUUCGAGCUAUUCAAGAAAUUUGUGAAGAAAAUGCAUGCUGACCAAGAGUACUGUUCAGACCCGAAAAUGUAUGGUCAGGAAUUAGUUCCACUGCAACGUUCGAAGCCAAAGAUUCCGAUUGAUGAUCUCCUUGAUGCAAUAACGCCAUUGGAGCCCUUCCCUUGGGAUGAAGAAACAGACAUGAAAGUUGAUGGCUGA